GCAUGGUCUUGGAAGACAAAUUUUGGCGUGGGCGUCAGUGCUGGGGACGGGAGCCUUGCUGAGCUACAGAGGCAUAAAGACAGAGAUAGAGGGAUGCCUGUUAGGGUGGGGAAGUCUGACUCAGGCUUGUGCUGAGGGGAGACCCUUGUCAGGGCACCGGAGUUUCCAGUUUACUGGGGAGGGUGAAGCGGUCUUGACAAGGAUGCCAAAGACCAAAUGCUUGGGGGCAGUGCCUGGUGCUUCCAAAUGGGCUCUACCCCACAGGUGGGGGGACAGAUGGGACGCCAGUGGAAUGAGGGUGACACUUCCACCCCACCUGCACAACUUCUGGAGAAGAGAGAUAUCCCAUCCCAGGCAACCCAGUUCCCUGGGCAUGAAGAAUGAGCAUCAGGGCAGACCUUGUACUUCUCGGAGCUCACAGACUACAGGGAGCAGUCGAGAAGAUGUCAGACGCUGGAACAAGUAAGACGCUGGGAUGGAGAAUGUGUGGUCAGGGCAGGCCUCAGCGAGAGUGAGACCUCGAUGGAAGGAAGGAGCUUUCCAGGUAGAAGAACAGGGAUUGCGCGGACGCGGAGGCAGGAACAAGCCAGGGUGUUGGAGCUGCCUUCUGCAGCUGGAGCAAAGCGAGGGGACGGUGGGCUCGGGGCAAGAGAGGUAGGUGCGGGUUGGUCAUAUGAUCCUAUUUUAGGUCGCGGAAUUGGAUUUUAGGAGAGAUGGGCCACCGUCGGCGGGUUUUGAGAAAGGAUGAAGGCGGACCGCGGAGACCUAGCGAACUGGGAGAACGCGGUUUGCGCUCCGGGAAAGGAGGCAGGGCCGGGAGGAGCGGCGGUGGGCCCCGCCCCCGGGGCUAGGGGGCGUGACGGCCCGCCCCCGCCCCGCCCCCGCGGGCCGGAACCGGUGCGCUCCCGCGGGAGGUCGGCGAGCAGAAUCCCCGCGCCGUGUCCGCGUCCAUGGCCGCCGCGCUGCUCGCCCGGGCCUGCGGCCCUAGCCGCGGAGCUCUGCGUCCUCGGGCCUGCCGUCAGUUACAUACCAUCUACCAGUCGGUGGAGCUGCCUGAGACGCACCAGAUGCUGCGUCAGACCUGCCGGGAAUUUGCUGAGAAGGAGCUGGUUCCCAUUGCGGCCCAGGUGGACAAGGAGCAUCGCUUCCCGACGGCCCAGGUGAAGAAGAUGGGUGAGCUGGGGCUUCUGGCCAUGGAUGUGCCUGAGGAGUUCAGUGGUGCCGGCCUCGAUUACCUGGCCUAUGCCAUUGCCAUGGAGGAGAUCAGCCGGGGCUGUGCCUCGACAGGAGUCAUCAUGAGCGUCAACAACUCCCUCUACUUGGGGCCUAUCCUGAAGUUUGGCUCCAAGGAGCAGAAGCAACAGUGGAUCACCCCUUUUACCGGUGGCGACAAAAUUGGCUGCUUUGCACUGAGUGAACCAGGGAACGGCAGCGACGCGGGAGCUGCCUCCACCACCGCCCGAGCAGACGGGGACUCGUGGGUCCUGAACGGCACCAAGGCCUGGAUCACCAAUUCCUGGGAGGCCUCCGCCGCCGUGGUCUUCGCCAGCACAGACAGAUCCUUGCAGAACAAGGGCAUCAGUGCCUUUCUGGUUCCCAUGCCGACACCUGGGCUCACGCUGGGGAAGAAGGAGGACAAGCUGGGCAUCCGGGCCUCAUCCACGGCCAACCUCAUCUUUGAGGACUGUCGCAUCCCCAAGGACAGCCUGCUGGGCGAGCCUGGGAUGGGCUUCAAGAUAGCCAUGCAAACCCUGGACAUGGGGCGCAUUGGCAUCGCCUCCCAGGCCCUGGGCAUCGCCCAGGCUGCCCUCGAUUGUGCCGUGAACUACGCUGAGAACCGCAGGGCCUUUGGGGCGCCGCUCACCAAGCUCCAAGGCAUCCAGUUCAAGUUGGCGGACAUGGCCCUGGCCCUGGAGAGUGCCCGGCUGCUGACCUGGCGUGCUGCAAUGCUGAAGGAUAAUAAGAAGCCUUUCACCAAGGUGCCUGUGGGGAAGGGUCUCCUCAGGAAGCGGCCAUGGCCAAGCUGGCUGCAUCGGAGGCCGCAACCGCCAUCAGCCACCAGGCCAUCCAGAUCCUGGGAGGCAUGGGCUAUGUGACAGAGAUGCCAGCCGAGCGCCACUACCGCGACGCACGCAUCACCGAGAUUUACGAAGGCACCAGCGAGAUCCAGAGGCUGGUGAUUGCCGGGCACCUGCUCAGAGCCUACCGGAGCUGAGCCGAGAUGCAGGGCCCAGGGACGCCCCACUUGGGGGCCAGAUCGGCCUGUGGACCACCGCAAAGGAGGCAGGAGCCACGAGGCCUUAACCCUGAUGCUGGGUCCGGGACCCUCUGUGCCUCUUCUUGCUAGGACCACCCGGCUCCUCACCUUCCCCCCCGACCCCAGACCUAACCGCCUGGGGCCGAGUCUGUGAGAAAGGAAAGGUGAGGGGCCCCAUUUUCAGCUCAGGUUUUUGACAUUGCUUCCUCUUCACACCUGUGCCUUGUUGUCUUCAAGUGGACCUGGCCUCUGGAGGCGGGGCCUUGGGAAGGACCCCCAUUUCCUUUCUCAGAAGGAGACCCAGGUGGGACAGCCUCUUGGCUGCCCUUGUUCUUUCCCUGAGCUUAGGGGUCAGGAGGAGGAAUGUUGGGGGUGGGGGACAGAAUGCCCGGGUGUUUAGGGAAGGCUGGUGGUCCCGGCCGAAGCACCUGGAACCCAUUAGCUGGUUCUUCAUAAAUUAUCAAUGAGUAGAAGGGGGUCUGAAUUUCUUGAGGACAAUCGAUUGUGGAAACUAAGUAAUAAAAUGUACCUGUGCCCUGG